AUGGUUCAGAGUGGUGAGCUAGCUAAAUACCCACUUGCGAUGGUGGUGAAGGUGCUCGAGCUUCUCGGGCCACACUCUAUGGGUGGUUACGACAUUGGGUGCACUUUCAUCAGUACUAUUCAUAAGAGCUCCCUCGGCGCCGACUUCCAUCACCUCCAGUGUUGCAUGUGCGUGAACGCUUUCCAUGGCUACAGUCACAACCACGCCUGCCAGACACAAAACCAUCCAAAUGUGAUUGAAGGCAUGGGCAUCGAAGAUCUUGAGAUGAUGGAACACAUCCUCAGCUCCUCCAAUCAGCUUGCCUCGAUUAUCCGAUAUGCGAGCCGGUAUCAUAGGCAGAUGUUUAUUGACAUGUUCUUCAAGCAAUGGGAUGAUGAUCACUAUGCAAGUCUUGGCAACUUCUUGUACAACAAUUAUCGACAGGCCCUUGACAUCAUCAACAAUGACUCCGCCACUCUCACAGAAGCCCUCGCAUCGCUCAACAUUCAAUGCACAGAUCUUGAGAAGUGGCAACAGGAGGAAGCGGAGUACUUUGCAAUGUUAGGCAAAGAAGAUGAAUGGGACGUACAUGCAGUUGCAUACGUUCAGCUUCUCCAGGAGCUGCAUAAGCUCGAUGUACACCAUGCCAACACCACAUCCCAUUUCUUGAUGAUCACACCAACUGACUAUAAAUUCAUGCCACCACCCUCGCGCUCAUCCACGAAUCAAAUCUAUGACCACGAGCUGUCCCAGACUUGCAAACUCGAGACUCAGCGGCGCCAUCUUGCUGAACGGCAUCAGCAAGUUUUGCACGAGGUUAUUGCCAUGGAAGUUAGCAUGGGCAUCUCAGACCAGUGGGUUAGGAUGUCGCCCCAGUAUAUUGAGACGAUGUGCUACAUCCAGACCAGAGAAUACUGUCGUGCUCUUGAUGAGCUACAACGUCUCGUGGUGCAGCACCUUUUCGAACUGCACAACCUGAACCUCACGCAAACAGGUAAUUUCAGCCUGUCUGAAGUUAUCAUAAUCUGA